GUUGAAAACAGUUUAUAUAAGUAAACUAAACAGGGGUUUAAUUCCGUACGUUAAAUUAGUGUGUCACGUCUUAUAGUCCACUAUUGCAACUAGCUGUUCGAGAUUAUUUGGUAUUUGGAUCACGUUUACAUUUGGUUAAUACUGUUGCUAGUCGCAGUUUCUCUGGUUCUGCAGAUAUUUUAUCGCUCGACAUCGUCGGUACGCUCUUUGUAGUGCCGUAAUGGUGAAGUAUUCUUGGGAACCGAAGGACGAGGACGAGAGUCGCACCUGUAAAGCACGCAUCCCAUAUCUGAGGGCGCAUUUCAAGAACACCCAUGAGUGCGCACGUGCAAUCAAAGGUAUGACCUUGCAACGUGCGCAAACGUAUUUGAAAAAUGUCAUUGAGAAGAAAGAAAUCGUGCCAUUUAGACGCUUUAACGGUGGUAUUGGACGUCACGCACAGGCUAAAGUGUGGGGUACUACCCAAGGACGCUGGCCCAAAAAGUCCGCUCAGAUGCUACUCCAAUUACUUCACAACGCAUUUAGCAACGGAGUCAAUAAGGAUAUCAAAGGUGGCGAAGCUAGCCGGCUUUUCAUAAAACACAUUCAGGUCAACCAAGCUCCUGUUAUGCGCAGACGCACCUACCGUGCUCAUGGUCGAAUUAACCCAUACAUGUGCUCUCCGUGCCACGUCGAAGUCAUUUUAGCUACAAAGGAUGACAUUGUUCCCAAGAUCUCUACCAACGCACUUCAGCCCGUCAAGAAAAAGGAGUCCAAGAAAAAAAUGAAGCGUCAGCUUAUGAAAGAAAGUGCUGGUUACUAGUGUAAUAAAGAGCGUUUUGAUUACGGA